AGUCCCUUAACAACUUUCACUCGUUCACACAUUUGUCACUCGCUUCGUCGCUCGCUUCAAAAUGCAAACCUUCAAGGCCCUCAUCUCCCUUCUCCUGACUGCCAGUCUUGCAGUCAACGCAGAGACAACAUCCUGCGUUACCUCAACCAAGACCUUUCCUACCAUCACCUCCAUCAUCGUCGAACCGACCAGCACUUGGUCCGGCAAUGGCACAUGUGGCGGUCCUCAUACCGUGUAUACCACUGAGUAUCACGAGUUCUGCUCCACGGGUCUGCGUCUGCACACGUACACCAUCACUGAGGCUUGCCAUAAGGAAAAGUGUCAGCCUCGCACUACUGGUGUUCCACCUGGUUUUACCUCAACUGUUACUGUUUGUAACUCCUGUGGUGAGAGGCCUAUCACUGCGACGCUUACUGUUCCAUGCCCUGAGGCUACGGCUACCAAGGGCCCUGGCAAGCCUCCGGUCAAGCCACAGCCUGUUCCAUCUGCCCCUGCUGUGAAGCCAGUUCCUACGGGCCCUCAGCCAGAAGAAUGCACUACGUGCGGCCCCAAGCCAACCAAUCCAGGCGAGGACAAGGCAGAGCACCCCAACUCUCCUGCAUGCACCACUUGCGGCGGAUCAGGACAGCCGUCUCAGCCCCCUGCUCAGCCCAACCCUCCCGCUGCAUGCACUACUUGUGGUGCUGGAGGAGAAGCCCCUCAACCCCCUGCCUCCCUGGCAACCUCUGUUGUGCCCGGCCCCUCCGGAGAGAAGCCAGGAACUAGUCCUACCAGCCCAUCUCCUGGAGCUCCAUCUGUCAUCACUGCUGGCGCUGCCAAGUCUUCGUACGCUGAGCUGGGUCUUCUUGGAGUCUUUGGUUUUGGUAUGAUUCUGUUUGGAGUUCCUCUCUAGAUAGUCCUAGUAUAGCUUGAUUAUCUGAAUUAUCUGGCUUAAAGUGUUGAGGUGGCGGUGGCUUUGGUUGGGUGUUUUUAGGGAACAUGUAAUUACUGACACAGCAUUUGCUCAAUCCCGAGCUUGGCUACUUGAUCCAAGGACUUAAUAAUCUCCCUUCUCGUACAUAAUGACAUAUUAAAUUUAUAACUGGAUGAUCGCGUCGA